AUGUCUCUGUUCACAGCGCUCAAUUUCACCCCAGAUGAAGCUCUUCAAGAGGCAGAGCAGCAUUCCCGUGAGCUGCAGGUGGAAGAAAGCUUCAAGGUCUACCAAAGUGCAUUGCUGCACUUGAAGGCGAAGAGGUUCGAGCAGGCUGAAGAAAAAUUCAAGGAGCUGUUCAGCAUUGAUGUUAUAAAACCCGACAGGUGGGGUCAGUACAAACAUCGCAGCGCAAUACUGGAGUCACUCCGAUACCUUGCAUACCGUAACCGGGGAGUAUUCUACUAUCGAUUUUUGCAGGACAAAUACGGCACUCUUGAGCCGCACGAUAUAGUGGAGUACACGCUGCGUAUUGUGGAAAAUCUGCUGGACGCACUGCAACAUGGAGAUUGUGAUUCUGCAGUAUCCAAACUACUGCUGGAAGGGUUUAUGAGCUUUAAAAGCGCAAAGCUGCAACGACUAAUUCUUGAGUAUGAAUUACUCAGGAACACAGAGCUCACCACAGCACUGACAAGACGCGCCUCUGUUCUUCCGGAAAUUCGUGGCUUCAUUCGUAGCUUUGUACAGCUUCUCAGUGAACUACGCGAUGACUCUACACUGCGAACGGGUUUCGUGACACAAUUGAACCGAUUGAUAGCCUCCAAACCUCAUGAACCUGCUCAACUCCCUCCCUUUCUGUCACAAAUACAAAAGAUGAGGCUGGAGGAUAACAUAAGCUUGAAACAGCCAAAUGCAGUGAGUGUGGAGAUAAAUGAAGUUAGUUGGGAGGCUGUAGCGGAGGUCGUCACAUCUUGUCUACCCAAAUACAAGUCUUCCAACUUUUUCAGUCGCAACCCUGAUCCAUAUAACGAAGCAGAAGAGCCGCUGGAACAUUUCAAGUUCGUCUUCAAGGAAGCGGAAAGCGACGCGCAACCAUUUGAAGGGGAUCGAGGCAUCACAAAUACUAAAGAAGCUGCCCCACAAGAGACAAAUGGCGAUGGGGCCAUGGAAAAAGGUGGCGAGGAAACAACGGUAACAACGGAAAGUGAUGAUCAACAUAAUGAAAAAAAAAGGUCACUAGAACCGGAAGAAGGUGAUAAGCCUUCGCAAAGGUCCAGCAAACGUUUCAAAGAGAAACCUCCGGUUGUAGCAGACAGUCGAACCCUCGACGGUCAUGAAAAAUUCUUUGGUUUACUCAACGAUAUUGCUACAACUCUUGGAUUUCCCUUCAAUUUGAGCGUGGAGAAAAUGAGUCCGUCUGAUCUCGAUCAGGAGGCGCCUGAAUUUUGUGCCAUGUCUGAUCUUUACGAAUGCCUACGAUUAUGGACUAACAAACACAGCGAAUUUUUGAAUCAAACCGAUACCAAAAAUUCAAAGAACGCGGAAAACGAAGGCGAGGACUCGUUCCAGCUCAAUGCUCUCAUAAGAACAAGUGUCUUGUCUGGAGAUAAUUGUCCGAUUGAGUCACUAACUGAUCGACCGGUGGAUCAGAUACAAGCGUUUAUUAAUGAGACGAACAACGACGACCAGCAUUUUCAGAAAGUGAGGCUUCGAUUACUAGACGUCUUGCUGACCACAUGCCCUGACGGAAGUUGUUUGAUUAUCGACACCUUUUGGAGUCCUUUACUUUUCAAAGCUGUUGAGUCGAUCGUUAUGAGCGUUGAAAGUAACUUAUAUUACAUGAUGGGUGGAGACGAUACUAGAAUGUUCACCCUUGGGCUUUCUGUUUACGAGAUUCUUGUGAAUAUGAUGGGCAAAAUAUACAGCGGAAUUAACGCCAAGAGGCUCCAGGGUCAAAAAAUUAAUGAACUCGAGACCCAGAAGAAUAAGCUGGAAAAAAAGAUCGGCAUUUGGACUGUUUUGUUUCAAAACGGAUGCAUUCAGGAUGAGCGAUCUCGUUUUCGAUUUCUGUGGGCAAAGUUUUGCUCUCUCCAGUAUACAAUCGGUGUUGCAGAUGAUCAGCUAAUUGAUAGUCUGCAAGAGAUAGAAUCACUGAUACAAGAGUGCGCACCGGCGGUCAAUGUCCCAUAUUCCAAUUACGACACCAUUCCGCAGCUUAAUUUAAAGGCUGUACAGAGUCAGCUAUCCAGACUGAGAAUUGUUCGAAAGAUUACGUCAAUCGACAUCAGUGCUUCAAGUCAGGACAAUAACGCUGCUACGGAGCAGCAGAUGGAGUUGAUAAAGAACGCACUGGUGUCCGAAGACAAUAUGAGCGCGGAGAUUGUGGAAGAGGAUCCGAUGGAAGCGUUUUUAAGAAAUUCCCCGUUUCUUCUCAAAGUGAAGCUGUGGCGGCUUUUGAUAUCUUAUUACAGUCGUAGAGAUAUGAACCUUGCAGUUUCCAUCUUCUUCAAAAUCCUGAACAUAUUAUAUGGAAAGGUUUGCUGUCCGAACUACAGAGCCCAAUCACACCUACAGCGACAGCAAACUCUUUUACUGACGAUAAGCUGUGUGGGUGCUUUCACGAGAGAAGUUUUGGAUCUUAGUAGUGAAUCUUUGAAGACUAAAAGGCUGCAUGAAACUGAAAUUAAACCAGGUCUUCUUAUCAUUUUGAAAUGGCUGAGACUUAUUUAUCCGAUCGUAUUUUAUGAAAGUCUGUGUCAAAAGGAUGCCGCGCUGAAAUCGUUUUUCCACAAAGCUGUGAAAUCGUCCGGGAAGCUGAAGAACAUUUUUACGGAUCUCAUAACAUCGACGAUCUAUUUCUGUCACAUAUUAGAGAAUAGCAGUCUGAAAGCGACCAAGCCACAACGUGGUUUAAUUGAUCUAGUCGAGGCUUCACACGAAUUAAUGGGUGGCUUGAAGUUCUGUGACGCUUCCAAUGGAUCCUACCUCAACUUCGCAGAACAGAUUUUGUGCGAGCAGAGCGAUGAAAAAGGCUUCAGACAAAUAAGGCAAGUUCUGUGGUGUCAAUACCAUUUUGUUGUCAGUGGCGAGAAUAGCACGGUAAAGCAACACGAUACAAAGGGAAAGGAAAUGAGUCCAAAGAGCGCCGUUGCUGCUGGUAAAUUUUUAAUCGACUCUAACUAUAAAGGAAGGAAUUUGUUGAUUGCCUGUGGGAAUAAGACAAACUUGAAGCAGAUACUUGAUAACAUAAUUCAAGUAAUCGGCGAAGUGGACUUUUCUAGCAAUCACAUAUUAUCUCGUAACGAUUUCUUUUUGGAUCAAUACUUGAGAUCAAUGAUAACAACCGAUUUAUUCAGAUCCGCUUAUGGCGGAAAUAUCUCCAUUGAACUCAUCAAGCCCAACGACUCACUGCAAAGCGUCGCUGAUUCAGGCAUUUUUUAUGUCGCGGCGAUUCAAGCCAUGAAUCUUUACAAAGCUCGGAAGAAGGCGACGCAAGCGCGACCAUCCGAAUUGGAUUUUAUUAUUUCGACACUCAAGAAUGACAUACUUUACAAGACAAAUCGUUUCGAAAGUUGGUUUUUACUCGGUAAGUGUUAUUCUUUCCGAGUUGAGGAUGACCUUAUAUGGACCUCAGACAAACUGGCGACGCAUGAAAAGAGGAAGGGCACUACCGAAGUUCAAAGGAAAUCGAUAUUGUGUUACCUCAUGGCUCUAGGAAUGGCGAUGCAACAGAGUCACGAUUGCAUGACUGACAGUGAGCAGCGUGAUUUCCAUCAAAUUUUGAAAGAACUUCUCGAAACUCUGUCAGAAGAACUAUUAAACGGAUUUUUGAAGCCUAUGGAGAAGUCGUGUUUUGAGUGGGAAUCACCUGUUGCCCUCAAAUUGAAACUUGACGGUGAAGUAUGCAGUCGCUCUUCCCCGACUGCACAAACGGUCAGUGACUACAAUGUUGAACAAGCCAUUCUUGUUGGUCUAUCUAAGGCGAUUCAGAUUGAAACUCAUCAGCUUGAACUGCGGCGGUCUCAAUGCAAUUGGAAAAAUCCUUACUAUUUUGCGAAGAUUAUCUUUAAAAGGUGUAUGCAAGAGUUCAAAACGACAGGGCUUGAGGUGCUUCUAGAAGCCUGUAGCCUGUCACAAGACAUUUCCCACAGCAAAGAUAUAAUAUUUGAGCCGCACUACUUUCUGAUUACGUCGAGCUUCAAAUUAGUGGUUAAAGGCAUAAUCACGCCGCGAGAAGCUUUGGAUCAUUUGCGGAAAGACAACAAUGUCUUCAAGAAGGAAACCAGUUUUUGGGAACUUGGAGCGACAGAUGACGCAGCACAAAGUUUCUAUGAGAAAGUUUUGGAUUUGCUGCGAGCCUUGGUAGCCUUGGACAAGAUGAAAUGGCACCAUCGCCCCAAAUAUCGUAUCGCGAGGAUUUUGUUCGACCAAUUCGGUGAUCUGAACGGUGCUAUUACAGAGAUGCACGAGAUUAUCUUUGUGAAAAGCUCAAACAAAAGUUUGGUUAAUAUUUGGAAGCCAGAAUUCGAACGUCCCGGAAAGCACUUCAUAUACACGUACCAAUACGUGAUGUUCUACCUGGAUCUACUGUUCUGUGGUCAUGAUUACUCCAGUAUUGCACUGGUCGCUAAAAAACUAAAAAAGUUCGGAGCGGGCAUGGUCAACGUUGGAUUGGCAAGUGAACGGGCUCUGCGGCUUUUCUCUCAGGCUGUUCAGCGCAAAUUUGAUGUGAACGAAAAGCAGGCUCUGGACAAACUGCUUCCUGCCCUGAACUACGCUCAAUUUAUCAAACACAGCGACGAGAUUUUUCAAACUUUUGACCAAGCCCAAUAUGACCCAGAUUUUCUCACAACAUUGGCCCAUGCUGUGCAUCUUAAGAAGGGAAAUAACGGAUACGACGGGAUCUGCAUGGCUCUCUAUUUCACUUACAUUUAUCAGCCUUUUGUUUCGCAGAAAACAGAGGUGGAUCAGAAAGAUCUCACAACCAUUUUGGUUACGCCAGCGAAACCAGUGGAGAGCCACCCGGAACCUACCAACGCAUCCAAUGCGAAGUCCAAGACCGUCUCUAGUCGGAAAAAGGUGAGCAAGAAGGAUGCAUUCGAUAAGAUAAGUGCUUUAGUCGAAAAAAAGAUUACCUGA